AUGGACCGUGUAGCUCACCGUAGACGAGCUACUCCAAGAUAUAUUGGACAAUUGUUUGUGGAGCGGACUGGACUCAUAGAUGGAAUUGUCCCUCGACAAAUUGCAGAUUCGAUGAGGAUCAUGUUUGGUCUGAAUCUUACCUAUACAACGUCAUACCGGGCUCUCAAAUUCGCUCAAGUAUUUGUCAGGGGAACUCCAGAAGAUGGAUAUGCUAACCUUCCUUCCUACCUUAGAAGACUGAAGCAAGCAAACCCUGGCACUAUAACACACCUGCUCUGUGAUGAAGAAGAUCGCUUCAAGUACUGUUUUGUGGCGUUAGCGGCUUCAACAGCGGGAUUUCAGUACUUGAAGAGGGUUAUUGUGGUUGAUGGAACACACCUUACUGGGAAAUACGGAGGCACAUUACUCGUGGCAUGUGGACAAGAUGCAAACUUUCAAGUAUUUCCUCUAGCAUAUGGUGUUGUUGAUGCGGAGACUAAUGAGUCUUGGGGAUGGUUUUUUGAUAAAUUACAGACUUGUUUCUCACCACAUCCGAUGGUCAUUGUUUCAGACAGAGCAUUGUCCAUUGAAAAUGCUUGUGUGAAUGUGCUUCCAUGGGUCACUAGAGGAAUAUGCUACUACCAUCUUCAGCAAAAUAUUAUCAAGACAUAUGGUGGUAAGGAGCUUAUGUAUCUGGUUAAAGGAGCUGCUUAUGCCCACACUCUAGCUGAAUAUAAUCGGUGCAUGGACUCACUAAGAGCUGCGCACCCAGACCUCGCAGCAUACAUGGAGUUGGCCGACCCUAAGCUUUGGUCUAGAGUUCAUUUUCCCGGUGAUAGAGAGAAGUUAGGGCGGUGGUUCUACAAAAGGCGUGAAGAUGCUUUGAGUCUUCAGACGAGUUACAGCAAGGGAGUUGAGUAUAUACUCGCCAUCCGUGAACAUUACGCUCAAUCAAUGGAUGUUCAGCGAAUAGAUGCAAUACGUUUCCAUGUUACAGCUGGACGUUCUCACUUCGUAGUUGAUCUAGAACAGGGUAAAUGUGAGUGUGGAGUGUUCCAAGUCGAGAAAAUUCCCUGUACACAUGUCCUUGCAGCGCUUGCGUCGGCUGGCGUGCACGUCUCGCACUACACAUGCUGCACAUACUCAAAGGAUUCCUUGUAUGCGACCUACGCCCAUCCAGUGUAUCCUGAGGAGGAAAAUGACAACCACAAGAAAAAGAGCGAGCGGUGCCGACCUCCCAAACCAAAGGAUGGGCCUGGUCGUAAGAAGAAAUCAAGAUGGCAGUCAUGGCUGGAAAUUUCUAGGAAGUCUAGGAAGAAAGACAAAAGACGAAGGAAGAUGCCCAAAGCAUACUGCUGCUCCAAAUGCAAACAACCAGGACAUACUCGCCCGUACUGUGUAAGCUUCGUGCGUCUCGCAGUUCCAUUCGUUUUCAUUAAAUUUUAUUUUCAUAGUCUGGUACAAUUACUUAAGGUCUACGAGGCGUCCACUCGAGGUCUACUUUUGUUUUCGUAG